AUGCAGGCCUUGGGCUGCUUUCUCCUUCUCUCCCUCUCUCUCUUUUCCCUCUCCAUCUCCUUGGCCUUGUCCAAUGCCGAGGCCACCUUCAUCGCCCAUCACCAGCUCUUGACGCAUCCAAAGAACGAUAAUCUUCCCCAUGACUUCGAAUAUGAGCUUGACUUGGUUGAGACUCUUGCCAACUUGAGGCUUAAGAAGGCCUACGUCGUUACAUGCGUUGCCCUCCAGGCACUCAAAAAGGCCAUAUAUUUUGAUCCCUAUAACACAACCGGCAAUUGGGUUGGUGCCAAUGUGUGUGAGUACAAUGGUGUCUUCUACGCCGUGGCGCUAGAUGACCCCAAAUUGAGCGUGGUCACCGGUGUCGACCUCAACCAUGCCGACAUCAUCGGGUACCUCCUGGUUAAGCUCGGGCUCUUGGCGGAUAUGGCUCUCUUCCACAUUAACUCAAACAGGUUUUGUGGGAUCAUCCCCAAUACCUUCUCUAGGCUGAAAUUGCUCCACGAGCUUGAUGUGAGCAACAACCGCUUCGUUGGUCCUUUCCCCAAGGUUGUUCUCUCCAUCCCAUCGCUCAAUGACAUCAGAUUCAAUGAUUUCAAAGGUAAAUUGCUGUCAGAGCUUUUUGAGAAGGAUUUGGAUGCUCUGUUUCUCAAACACAAUAGCUUCACUUCCACCAUUGCUGAAAGUUUGGGAAAUUCCCCUGUUUCGGUUCCAGUUCUCGCGAUACAAGUCACCGACUGCAUCCCAAGCAGCAUUGGCAAGAUGAACAACACGUUGAACGAGUUCGUCUUCUUGAACAACCACCUUCACGGGUGCUUGCCGCCGGAAAUUGGGUCGCUCAGGAACGUGAUGGUGUUUGACGGCAGCGGGAACUCCUUCUCCAAUGUAUUGCCGAAUAGCUUCUUCGAGUUGGAGAAGUUAGAGCACUUGAAUUUGGCGCACAAUGUGUUGACCGAGUUCGUGUCGGAGAAGAUUUGCAAGUUGCUGACCUUGUUGAACUUCACGUUUUUGAAGAAUUAUUUCACGGGAGAGGCUUCCGCCUGCGUGCCGAAGUCGAAGAAAGACACUAUUGUGUUGGAUGAUGCCGGGAACUGCUUGCUGGAUCGCCCCAAGUAGAAGUUGAUGAAGUCGUGCUUGCUGGUAGUGAGUCGGCCGGUGGAUUACAGCAAGGCCAAGUGCGGAGGCAGCCAUGGCCACUCUUCUUCUUCCAAGCUGAAACCGCUACCCACUCCUUCGCCGAAGCUAAAACCAUCUCCGCCCCCUCGGGGUCAGGGUGUUACAACCCUAGUGACUCCAGUUUCUUCUCCGAAGCCGAAACCAUCUCCGGUGCCAGUUCCAACCCUGCCCAAGGGUCCAACACCAUCUCCCCCGCCAAUCCCUUCGACCCCGGCGACUCCACCACCUUCGCCGAAGCCAAAACCAUCUCCGGUGCCAAUUCUAGCCCCACCCAAGGCUCCAACACCAUCUCCCCCGCCGGUCCCUUCUCCUCCACAAUCUUCAAAGCCAUCUCCCUCACCAAUUUCUAAUCCUCUGAGGCCUUCAAAGCCGUCGUCGGCGCCCGAAGGCAGCCCGUUUAAAAACUCUCCCGUAGAAAGGUUUCACUCACCUCCUCCGCCGACUAAGACCGUUCCGCUGUCACCAAAAUCAGCCAAGUCACCACCACCGCCAGUUUCCCCACCUCCUCUGGUGCAUUCACCUCCACCACUAGUUCAAUCGCCACCACCCCCACCACCAGUCCACUUUCCUCCACCACCCGUUUUUUUUCCACCGCCGCUGGUGAACUCCCCUCCGCUGCUGGUCCGCUCUCCCCCACCACCAGUCCACUUUCCUCCACCUCCACUGAAGCAGUCCCACCCCCAACUCCACCGGUCCGUUCCCCCCCCCCCCCCACCAGUCCACUCCCCUCCGCCACCAGUUCACUCCCCUCCAUCCCCAGUCCACUCCCCUCCUCCACUGGUCCACUCACCUCCACCCCCAGUCCACUCACCUCCACCCCCAAUCCACUCCCCUCCUCCGUCGGUCCACUCUCCUCCACCACCAAUUUGCUCACCCCCGCCAUCAUCCGUUUCAUCUCCACCACCAAUUUUCUCACCACCACCACCGCCCACCCAAUCACUGCCACCCCCACCAGUUCGCUCCCCUCCGCCACCAGUCCACUCACCUCCACCCCUAGUCCACUCCCCUCCUUCGUCGGUCCACUCACCUCCACCCCUAGUCCACUCCCCUCCUCCGCCGGUCCACUCUCCUCCACCACCAAUUCGCUCCCCCCUGCCACCACCCGUUUCCUCUCCUCCACCACCGGUUUUCUCACCACCACCACCGCCCGCCCAAUCACUGCCACCCCCACCAUCUCAAUCUCCUUAUCCUCCUGCUGCUGCCUCUUCCCCACCACCGAGCUACGACGACAACAUCAUCCUCCCGCCAAACUUCGGAUCGGAGUACUUGUCGCCGCCUCCGCCAGCAUUCCUAGGCUAUUAA